GCAUGCCUGAGCGGUUGGUUGCCCCGCCUGCGCGGUUGGGCCUGCGCGUGCAAUUAAUUGUGCCCCUGCUAGCUCCAGCCCCACCUUCCUCGCAAUCCCCCGCGUCUUUCCUUCAGCGCGACUGAAAGCACCAGUUGCGAAAACACUGCAAUCCUCUUCGUGCAAACGGGACCCGUUAGCCGCCGCCAUGGAUGCAGAACCGAGUGUUGAAGAUGAGCGCCCCCAAAUCCUCCAAGAUACCCUCCAGCAAAUAUCAUCGACAUCAGCCGAGACGCCCAUGAAAUGCUGCGUCAUCUGUCUUGGCGACCUGGAGGAGCAAUGUGAAGCACUGCCUUGUCGACACAACGAUUUCGAUUACUUAUGCCUCAUCACCUGGCUGGAAAACCGAGCGACUUGCCCGCUCUGCAAGCGUGACGUUUCCGAAGUCCGAUACAAUCUUAGUGAAGAUGGGAAGGAUGGAAAGAUCUACACAGUGCCCAAGCCCGUCGACGGCCGGAAUGAGGGUGGCCUGCGCGGCGCGGCUUCACUUUCCGGGCGUCGACGUAGCAGUCAUGCUAACCGUGCAGCGCGCCCUGAACCACCCGAGGACGAGGCUAUCCGAAGACGACGUAUGAUCUAUCGGCACAAACUCUAUUCUCUCUACGUGGGAUCAAAUAAUCGACAGCCCGCAGCACUGAGGCAUAGGGAGCUCUCACCACAGCUCUUUGCCACGAAUGCCGAGCUCGUAGCCCGUGCCAGAAUGUGGUUACGCCGGGAACUGCGCGUUUUCCGCUUCCUCUACGUAGAGGAGACAGGUGCCCCACCGGAGAGUCACGACCCCGUCCGGCGAUGCAGACCGUGUAAGGCAGAGUAUUUGCUUGAAUACAUCAUUGCCAUUCUGAAGUCCAUGGACAUGCAAGGCAGUGCUGGCCAGGCCGAGGAAAUGAUCCAAGAGUUCCUCGGCCGCGAUAACACUAGGCUCUUUCUGCACGAGCUGAGGGCCUGGCUCAGGAGUCCUUGCAAAUCAUGGGGUGAAUGGGACCGCGUUGUUCAGUAUCGUGAUGGGAACAUCAUGCGCCAGCAACCAUGAGGGCGGGUCGACCAAGGGACAGAACGAUAUUGUGUUUGGGCGAGCCAAUAAUUUCCUAACGAGGUAAAGAGGUAAACAACUGGGUUACCACAAAGAAUAGCUGAGGUAGUAGUUGUAGGAGACAAAUGUGGGCACCGAAGCGCCGAUGU